AAGAUGGCGACAGGUACAUCCACCACCGCGGAUAAGCAAGAAGAAGACGCUUCUGAGCUCCAGUUUCCAAAAGAGUUUGAAAAUGCAGAAACAUUGCUGGUGUCAGAGGUGCAGAUGUUGUUAGAGCACAGGAAAACUCAGAAUGAGAGUGCAGAAGAGGAACAGGAACUGUCUGAGGUUUUCAUGAAGACUCUCCAGUAUACACAGCGCUUCUCCAAGUUCAAAAACAGAGAAACUAUUGCAGCUGUUAGAAAUUUGUUGAUGUCCAAGAAACUGCACAAGUUUGAGCUGGCUGCCCUGGCCAAUCUGUGUCCAGAUAAUGCUGAGGAGGCAAAGUCUCUCAUUCCCAGUUUGGAAGGGCGCUUCGAAGAUGAAGAGUUACAGCAGAUUUUGGAAGACAUACACACGAAGAGAAGCUUCCAGUACUGAGGUGGUUUACCGUGUGCUUACUGUGGAAAGCCAAAAAAUGACACUGGGGCCAUAUUUACUAAUGUCAGCAGUCAUGAGUCUGAGUUUAAGACUCGGGCUGAGAAUACUGAAUUCUUAAAUGUUUCAAAAAAUCUAUAAUAUAACUAAGUGUGACAAAAGAUGAGUGCCUGAUUGUAGAAAGGAUGAUUUGUAACACACAAAUAUAUAUUUUUACAAUCUUUGCUCCUAUAAUAGCCUUGUUACAACAAAUAUAAAAUUUAGCUUUCUGAGUCUGAGUCUUAAACUCCGGACGUUAGUGAAAACAGGCUCUGGAGUUCAAGUUAAUUUGAUCAGAUACUUUGGCUUGAUGCCAGUAACACCUCUUGAGGUGAAACUAGUGUUCUGGAGUUAACAAUAAGAUAACCAGUGGUUUUGGCAGUUCAGUGUGAUCUUUUCAGAUUAAGUAUAUUUUGUUUAAUAGCAUGUGAUUACAUGUAGCGGACAAGAAGUAACACUAUUGUGGUCUUGAAACUAAAAUUAAUAGAAAGAACUUCCAUGACCAUCUCAGGGCUUGUAUUAAAGGAAGUUUUGAAAGUCCAAAAACUCUAUAAUCUUGGAUAAAACUUCCAAAAGGUGAACGCUUGGAUGUUUGGAAGUCAAAUCUUGUAACAAUGUUACUGUUAUGGCCAUAAUUUCAUUAUGUAAUGAUUUAACAUUAAUGUUUAAACACAUUUUUCAAAUUUGUGAAGUGUUGGCUUGUUUUAAGUUGAAAAGUUUAAUCACAGUAGUUGGACAACAGUAGAUUUCUUUACAUGGGGUUUAAAUUUCCACACUUCAAAGAAAAACUUCCAAUAUGGAUGGUAAGGAAGUUUAUACUUCAAGAGGAAACAAUACAGUCUGAUUAUGAUGAUGGUUGUACCACUGUACCAAAACUUAAAGACUUUUGUAAAGUUUUAGUUUCUAUCAUUAACAUUGUAAACUUAUAUAUGUACCAUUUGUAUGCAAAGAAUGCAAGUAUACAAAAUUUUGCAACACAACAUUUUAACUACGUAUUUUUUUUUCAUUUUUGUAUGUUGUAUCCUUUGUGAAUAAAUCAUGAAUGGUU